UGCGGACGACAUGGCCCGGGACCUGCACGGCCUCCCGCGGCGCGGCCUCUGGCUGCUCCUGGUGAGCCACCUCUUCAUGGCCACCGCCUGCCAGGACGCCACCUUCAGCACCCUCCUCCACGAGCUCUGCCUCGCCCAGUUCCAGGUGGACAUGGAGGCCGUCGGGAGGCCGCUGUGGUGCGACUGGGGCAAGACCAUCGGGAGCUACGAAGAGCUCUCGGACUGCACCAGGCACGUGGCGCAAAAGCUGGACUGCUUCUGGCCAAACGCGGCGGUGGACAGGUUCUUCCUGUCCGUCCACCGCCACUACUUCAGAGACUGCCCCGUCUCAGGCAGGGCCUUGCAGGACCCGCCCAGCAGCGUCCUCUGCCCCUUCAUCGUGGCGCCCAUCCUGGUGACCCUGCUCGUGACGGCACUGGUGGUCUGGAGGAGCAGGCGCCUGGAGGGCAUCUUGUAGGCUGGGGGCUCCCG